GGCAGCACACAGAGAUUGCUCGGGGCUACGGGAUGGACUCUGUACAGGUGUCAGGUGAGGACCAGGCCAGGAGAGACUCCAUAAACCAGGCUGAACUGGCGGAAACCUCCACGGAACAAGAAUGCUUUUUUAACCUUCUCACCCAUGUCCAAGGGGCACGAUUGGAUGAGCAGAGAUGUAGCAUCCAAAUCGUACACAACAAAGGAGAGCAGGAGAACAAAGACAGCUCACCAGUCACACCACCUCCUGAAAUGAAUGUUCUGAUGGACAUGUUGGCACAGUCACAGAGCCGGAGGCUGGACGACCAAAGAGCAGAACUCACCCAGCUGUCGGGGUUCCCAGACACCAUGCCAAACCGCAGGGAGUCCCAUGAUAAUGGAGGGUUGAAGAACCAACCAUAACCCCUUCAUCCACCUGAUUUCCCCACUGUGCACCCAUCACAUGGAAGAUAAUAUGAAUACUCAAGAACCUUCAAGAUGACUUUCCAACUCUUACAAUACCCGAGCAACAUCUCUAUUAGUUUAGUGCUGAGAUCUGCAAUUUAAUAAAUCUUUUUCAGCUCUUCUAAGCUCGUCUGUAACUGUGCCUCAAUUGCAGUGGGCAAAGGGACCGUCAUGCAUAAAAAUACAUGUUUUUGUCUCCAGGUGGGGCAAAUAAAAACAGCCAGGUAAAACACUGGUCUUGCAGGGACGUGAAUACUGUAUAUAAUACUGAGUGGCCAUGGGAGGGACUUGGUAAGUGAGCCUGCCACCCACUAGUUACUU